AUGGACCGUCGCAUAGGCUCGCUUGCCGUUCUAUUACUCCUGUCAGCUACAGUCCCUCUGUCGCAAUCGUGGCUCGUGCGGUGCCCUGCGAUCUUCAGCAACCCCGUUGUCAGCGUUAUCCAGGCAACGAUGCGAGGCGACAAGAAGAAGGCUGAUACAACGCAAAUGGCGGACGGUACAUUGAAGAUUACAGUAUUUUCGAGCACCAAGGGCACGGACGUCAAAUUCGAGCUCACCUCCAACGACCUCUACUUUCCGCUCUUCAAAUCUCUCAACUACGGACCCGCGGGAGCAACCGGCGAUGCUAUUCUGACCAUUCCCGGCACGCCCACGAUCGCACUUCGCGCCGAUGGCAUCACGUACAAGUCGGUAGGGUGGAUCAAGCAGGCGGAUUCCGCCAAGGCGAGCAACGGGCAGACGGUUACGAACGUUUUGAAGCAGCUUGAUUUAAACCCCGCCAACUAUUACGUGCAAGUGUCGGCGUUUAAGUUCCUGGGCAGCAUUCGCGGGCAGCUGCAACGAGGAAUGUUCUGGAGUAGUGACCUCUGUGGUUCAGGCAAUGGGCGAGUGGGCUUCCUUUACCAGCCGUCGUGUGGACCUGUUGGGAAGCUCGUUUCAUUUGUGAGUGCGUUUGGUGAUCCCCGUUUCCUUCUCUUGGGUGGGGUUUGGUCACCCGCACAUCUCUCGCCACUCGCGUUCCACCAAAGCACGGCACCUUCAGCAACCCCGAAUCGCAUCGUACACCGACCGACCGACCGAAGCAUAGCAUGGCUGGGCGACAGCUCACCAACAGCUUACUUGACUGAGUCAGCGCAACGAAAACAAGAGACGGGUUGUUUGCAAGUGCUCCCCGCGAGCGAGCUUUCCGCGCGGUACGAGCUGAUCGACAUGCUGGGCGAGGGGCAGUACGGCACGGUGUGGCGCUGCGAGGAGCGCGACACGGGCCGCCUUUUCGCGUGCAAACACAUUAGCCUCGCGGGUCUCGGCGAAAAGGGGAUUAAAGCCGCCGUUCGCGAAAUCGAAGUCAUGGCGACGCUCUCGGGUAACCGCAACGUGGUUUCGCUGCAAGGGAUCUACGAGGACGCGGAGGGCGUUUAUGUUAUUAUGGAGUAUUGCGAUGGCGGGGAUUUGUUGAACCUGAUUCAGAAGAAAGGUCUCUUGCCUGAAAUGGAAGCCCAGAGGCUGUUUCUCGAAGUGACACGUGGCGUGAAGCAGUGCCACGACAACGGCGUCAUCCAUCGCGACAUCAAGCCCGAAAAUAUCCUUCUCGUCCCCGGAACAACCGCCGCAUCCGCCGCCGAUACACGCGCUGCGAGUCCCACCCCCGCGCCCAAGAACCCCUUCACCUCGCUCCAGCUCAACCCGCUCCGCGCGCGUUCGCGCUCCCUCGCGGACUUCGGUCUCUCCCUCACGCUGCGACCGGGGCAGCGCGUGGUGGGGUACGCGGGAAGCUUCCCGUACGAGGCGCCCGAGGUGCUGGCGAAUAAAGCGUACGACCAAUCAGCGGACAUCUUCAGCCUCGGCGUGACGCUCUACGCGAUGCUGUCCGGCACGUGGCCCGCGUUCCACCGCUCGCGAUGCCUCGACGACGCGGUCGACUGGGAGUUACCAUGCUGGCGAAAGGUUUCGGACGUGGCGAAGGAUUUAAUUCGCUGGAUGGUGUCGCCGCUCCCGCACAUGCGCCCGUCCGCGGACGAGGUGCUGGCGCACCCCUGGUUCGCGCCCCUCCUCGGCUUCCCCGCGCAACCCGCGAGCCCCCGCAGCGUCGUCCGCACCUUCCGCACCUGGCGGCGCGAGCGGUCGCUGAGGCAGGAAGAGGAGAGGCAGGCGGUACAAAAGGAGGCUUCGCAGAAGGUUCGUCCGGUAGAAGAAGUUGCGCGCGGCGCGCAUGACGCUGGCGCUUGUCGCGGCGACCACCGUGGCAACGCUUCCAAGGCCGGACGCGUGGACAUUAUUGCUUAUCAGCGGCCCGUGCUGUCCGUGCGAUAA